UGCGGGCAGCUAAACCCGCUGUGUGUGUGACGUGUAGGACCUCCUCCUCCAACACACAAGCAGCAGUAAUGGCGGACUACGACAACUACGAUGAACGGGACCGGGCCUACGGCAGCUUCGGCGGCGGCCGAGGGCCCCGUGGCGGCAGCGGUUCCGGAGGCCCCAGGAAGCAGAAGGAGCUGCCGACAGAGCCUCCGUUCACGGCGUACGUGGGAAACCUGCCGUUCAACACGGUGCAGGGAGACAUCGACAUCAUCUUCAAAGAGCUCAACAUCCGCAGCGUCCGAUUGGUCAGAGACAAAGAGACAGACAAGUUCAAAGGUUUUUGUUAUGUUGAAUUUGACGAUUUGGAAUCUCUAAAAGAAGCUUUGACAUACGACGGCGCCUUAUUAGGUGAAAGGUCACUGAGGGUGGACAUCGCAGAGGGACGAAGACAAGAACGAGGAGCGGGCGGCUUUGGCUUCAGGAAAGACGACGGCAGAGGACGAGGAGGCUCUCGAGGCGCUCCCAGAGGAGGAGGAGGAGGAGGACGCGACUCCCGUGAGGACUUCGACCAGCCAGGAGGAGGUGCGGUCAAAGAGUUCAGCAGCUCAGGUUUUAGAGAUGAUGACUACAUGGGGGGGCGGAGUCGAGGCGGUGGCAGUCGCCCUAGUGACAGAAGGGGUGGAGGUGCAGGGAUGGGUCGCUACAGAGACGGACCCCCACGCGGAGGAACGACAGACUUCAGGGAACCGUCUGAAGAGGAGCGUGCACAGCGGCCUCGGCUGCAGCUGAAGCCUCGGACCGUCUCUGAGCCGCUCAACCAGGUCGCCAACCCCAACUCCGCCAUCUUUGGCGGAGCGAAGCCGCGAGAGGAGCACUGAGUCAUUUAAAGCCGCCACCACAGAUCCCAACCAGACGGUGGCGCUAGCACGCCGCAUUGCCGACAGAACAGAAGAAACCGAAAGCUUUUUUUUUUUUUUUU